UGUAGAGAGCGCCCUCUAUCAUAUUUCAAGAUGGCGCCGACCACGAGAAUAUCGAAAACGAAGAAAACUCCGAGUUCUCAACGGGAGAAUCAACAGAUACCAAGCGCAGAUGAGCCUACUGAAGACGAGCCAACAUCAGCAGACGAUUUCUCCGAUGUAUCAAGCGAUGGCAGUCUCUCCACAGAUUCAGAAAUGGAGGAUCUUGUCCAGCGAACUGUUGCAAAUAUGACCGGCAGUGCACGCGAAGAAAUUACGCGUGAGGGAAAGCCAAAGGGAUCUAAAUCCGACACCGCGUUAGACAUUGGUGCCGGCGCGAGCCGGGGUGGAAAUAAAGAUCACACGGUUCUCCCGUUCGUUGUGGAUGCCAACCCGAAUUCAAAGAGCAGUAUUAGAAUUGAAGUUGAUCAUGCUACGGGUUCUAUGUCAAACGAAGUGAGUGACAAUGAUGAUGCAUUCGAGGGAGAAACAGAUGUGAUACCAGCAAAACCCCAACUUUCAACAUCCCUUGAACAGGAAGAAGAAAUGUUCAUAUCCUUGGAGCCUUUGAGUGACGCGCCAUCUGCAAAAAGUCAGGCAGUACAUGAGAAAAAGUUGCCAUAUCGUCAGAGUGAACGUCUUCCAGGGACAGCCAAGCCAAGCCUUGAGUUGCCCACAGAGCUUGAUGCAGGACUUGACCUUGAAGAAACAUAUCUCAACUUCACAGGAGAAGCUCCUAAGGAGAGCAAAAUGUCUGCCAAGGGGGUCUUGGCAAAAAGUAGCCAAGACAAGCUUCUGAAAAAGAGCAUCAUCACCCCAGACUUUGAGAAACAACACAGUGUUCCACCAUACAGAGUGGCCACACGACUGCUUAAAAGACGUAAAAAGAAGGAGAGAGAGUCCAGCACGGGUCAGGAAUGGUACAACAUGGCCGCGGCUGAAAUGACAGACCAACUACGCAACGACAUCAAGGCAGUACGCAUGCGCUCCACACUGGAUCCAAAGAGAUUCUACAAGCAUAACGACAUGACAGCAAUGCCCAAAUUUGUACAGGUUGGGACUGUGGUGGAGAGUGCAGCUGAUUUCUACCAUUCCAGGAUCCCCAAGAAGCAGCGCAAGCAGACCAUCGUGGAGGAGUUGCUAGCCGACGCGGAGACACGAAGAUACAACAAGAGGAAGUACUUGGAGCUUCAGGAGAGGACCAAGCGUUGGGGUCCGAGGUCAAGCAGAAACAGGAAAGGGAAAAAGAAAGCUGGGAAGUGAAGGGCCAACAUGUGAUGUCUUUUUUUUCAGUCUCACGGGCUCAAAGUUUAUUCAUGCAAUUCACAAACCUUUCUUUUUACGAUAGACCUGUUGCAUCUGAUGUCCCGUCUGAGGGCAAGUCUUUGUUAAAAUGACAGAUGCUGGCCUUAGUUAGGGCAUGGUCAGGGUUCACCGUGCAAUGGUCUAUUGACGAAACUGAUACUAAGGGACAUUGUUUCACCAGAUCAUGGAAAGAAGAGUAAUAAAAUUGUCAAAAUGACAAGUUUGCAUGAUAAUGUGAA